AUGCCGGAGGUGGCCGCGGACGGGCUGCCGAUGGACCCUCCUCCCCCCGGGAAGACGGCGGAUCCUGCGCCCCCGGAGAAAAAGACCUGGGAGGUCGUCACGCCAAGUACGGCCUCCCGGGCCUCGACGUCGGGGGGAGGGAAAGCGCGAGUGGGGAAGAGGGAGAGAUCCGCUUCGAGAAAGCGGGCCGAUCCCAAUACCCCCGCGAAGGACCCCUCUUCACCGUCCCCCCACCCGCGGAAGCAAGCGGGGAAGCCCCUGCCUGGGAAGGCAGGGGAGCUUACGGGGGAGAUAGUGGAGAGGAGGAUUCGAGAGGUGGUCGGCGAGUCCUUCCAGAGGAUGGAGGACUUGAUCCGGUCCUUGGUUGGUGGCGGGGCCCACGCAGAGGGCGGAAGAGGCGGGUCCCUCAAACAAAGGGACCGCCAAGCCCCCCAACCCGCCGCGGGUGUUGAGACAUACGUGACGGUGUUGGGGAGGAAAAGUAGGGCCGCGGAGAAGAAGGCGGCCAAGGGUGCCUCCAAGGCGGUUGCCCCCGGUCCCCCGGCGAAAGGGCAGACCGGUGGGGCGCCUAAGAGGGCUCCCAGGCGAAGGGUCCCGCGGACGUCGGCCGUAGUAGUCACUCGACCCAAUGGCGGCUACCGCGAGACCCUUACCAUGUUGAGGCAGAACAUUAAACUCGAUGACCUUGGCAUCGAGGGCCGGAUCAACAUUAGAUCUGGGGCCACCGGUGCCAGGGUCAUCGAGAUCACCGGGGAGGGCCAUGCCGACAAAGCCGAUCUGCACGCGGAGCGGAUUAGGCAGGUCCUCCCUGAGGAGGAGGGAACGCGGGUCGACCGACCGCGAAAGAUGGCUGAGGUCCGCUUGCGGGACCUAGACGAUUCCCUGAGAGUCGAGGAGGUGAGGGGGUGGGUGGCCGACGCGGCGCGGUGUAGCGUCUCCGAUGUCCAAUGCGGAGCGCUGCAGCCGGCCGCCGGAGGCACGUUUAGCCUCUGGGCCCGCCUACCCCUCACCGCGGCGAAGGAGAUCUCCCAGCAGGGGAGAAUCAGGGCUGGCUGGGUGAUGGCCAGAGUGGCCCUCCUCGAGGCACGGCCCAUGCGUUGCCACAGGUGCCUCGAGAGGGGCCACACGAGGGCGAUGUGCCCCAGUGAAGGGGAUAGAAGCGGGAGGUGCUAUCGGUGCGGCGAAGCCGGUCACACCUCCCGCGACUGCCGGUCUGCCCCGAAGUGCCCUUUGCGCACCGACAAGGGCAGGCUGGCAAAGCACGUUCUGGGCGCAAAGUCCUGCGCCCAGAAGAACGCGCAAGAUUUGCUCCAACAAAGCGUGGUGGGGAGUGGUUUCACGCUAGCGAUCGUGUCCGAGCCCCACCGCCCCCCGAGAGACAGCCCAUAUUGGGCUGUCGAUAACGGGCAGGCGGGGGACUCGGUCGCGAUUCGAUGGCGGUCGGUGCCGGGUGGUCCCGACACGACCGUCAUCGAAAGGGGACAACGGCAUGUUGCCGUCCAAUGGGGGCCCAUCGCGGUCGUCGGGGUCUAUUUGAGGCCCACCAGACGCCUCGCCCUGUUUAAGGGCUGGCUAUCGGACAUAGGACGGACGGUCCUACGUCUGAGUCUGAGGCCGGUCCUCGUGGCCGGGGACUUCAACGCGUGGCACACGAUUUGGGGUUCCCGGUGCACGAACAGGAAGGGGGAGGCUCUGGACGAGUGGACGGCGGAGCACGGGCUGGUCCUCAGGAACGAGGGCCGGACCCCCACCUGCGUGCGGACGCAGGGGGAGUCCAUCGUGGAUCUCACGUGGGCUACCCCCUCGGCCGCGUGCUUGAUCACCGGGUGGAGGGUGGAGCGGGGCGUCGAGACUCUGUCAGACCAUCGAUAUAUAUCGGUGGAGCUCGGCGUCCUCUCCUCCGUGCGUCGCCAGGAGGAGACGCGACCGCGAUGGGCCCUCCGCAAACUCUGCGAGGACGCCCUGAUGGGCUCGUUGGAGGCCGCCUGUUGG